CGCUCCCCGUCCCGAUCGCGUUCACGCUCAAGAUCACCACCGCGACAGCGCAAGCGACCCGGCGCCGCCUCCCGACUCUCCGUAGCCGACCGCGAAGCCGCGCGCAGACGGCAGCUGGAGCGAGAGCAGGAAGCCGCAAGGACUGCACAGCAGGAAGCUGCGUCUCGCGGAGUCCACGAUGUCGUCAAGCAGCACUACAACAUGGUCCCCGAGCGAGGCCGUGAGUGGCGGCAGACAGACAGCAAGAUCAAGGGCCUGCGCAGCUACAACAACUGGGUGAAGUCGUCGCUCAUACAAAAGUUCAUUGGCGACGAGCGCAAUCUCAAGAUCCUCGACAUAGGCUGCGGCAAGGGCGGCGACCUGCAGAAAUGGCAGGCGUCCAGGAAAGUCGAGCUGUACGUGGGCUGCGACCCGGCAGACGUGUCCAUCAAGCAGGCCAAGGACCGCUAUGCGCAGAUGCAGAAGAAGUCGCGUCGGCUCUUCCACGCCGAAUUCUACGCCAAGGACUGCUUCGGCGAGUGGCUGGGCGACAUACCCAUCAUACGGGAGAUUGGCAUCGACCCCGGUGUUGGGCCAGGCAACGCCGUGAGCCAGCGGUGGGGAGGCGGCGGCUGGGACAUGGUCACGAUGAUGUUCUGCAUGCACUACGCCUUCGAGAGCGAGGCAAAGGCCAAGGGCAUGCUCCGCAACGUCGCCGGAGCGCUGAAGAAAGGCGGGCGCUUCAUCGGCUGCAUCCCCAACUCCGACAUCCUCUCCGCCAAAGUCAUCGACCACCACAAAGCGAACGGCACCGCGCCCGCCGACGCAACCGGCGCAGACGACGACGACGACGACGACGACGACGACCGCCCCGCAUUCGCCAGCGACGACGAGGACGGCUGGGAUCCGGAGAAGAGUCUCGACAGCCCGAAGCCUGACGAGUCUGAACACGCGGACGGCGGGAAGAAAGACGCGGACGGCGAGAAGAAAGACGCAGACGCCAAGGACGCGAACAACGAUCAAGAAGACGGCCAGGUCGAAGAGGAAGGCUUCGCGUUCGGCAACACCAUCUACCGCGUCAAAUUCCCCGGCAAAACACCCCCAGACGGCACCUUCCGCCCCCCUUACGGCUGGAAGUACUUCUACUUCCUCGAGGAAGCCGUCGAAGCGCCCGAGUACGUGGUGCCGUGGGAGGCCUUCCGCGCUCUGGCCGAGGACUACAAUCUGGAGCUGCAGUACAGGAAGCCGUUCAGAGAGGUCUGGGAGGAGCAGAAGGAUGACCCUGAGCUGGGGCCGCUGAGUGAGCGCAUGGGGGUCAGAGACCGCAGGACGGGGCAGCUGUCGACGAGUGAGGAGGAGUUGGCUGCUUCUGACUUCUACCACGCUUUCUGCUUCUACAAGGUCUAG